AUGGACCUGGGUAGGCACGGCAGUUACCCGCCUCCUCAUGUGUUGCCAUGGGUCGUCCGGCUCAGGCGCGCUGAGCAGCGACUGCACGCUAAGCAGCACCGUUCGUAUCUGCAACGCGGGGCUCCACUUGUCCUUCAGGAUGUCCAGGCAUAUCCUGCCGAGCUUGUCGAUGUUCGGGUGGUAUAUGCUGGUGAGGAAUCGCACCUUCGGCGGCUCCAUUGGGUACUGCUCGGGGAGAAACAGCUCGAGUUUGUACACACCUCCCUCGUAGGGUGUGCUCUCCGGUCCCAGCAUCCGGAUGUUGAAGUGCCGGUUGUUUCCGGGGUUGAGCUCGGCCCGGAUGCCGGGUGCUGCACGAACAUCAGCGUGUCGGGUGAGAUGACGUCAACUUACGCGAAUCGUUCGCCAAAUUUUCGGUUUCCUUCAGUAUCCGUUUGGGCGUCAUUGUGCGUCUUGUGA